AUGUCGACUCUUCAGGCUGUCAAGUACACUCGCGGUCAGCUUCAGGUCCUCGACCAGCUCCGUCUCCCCCACGAGUUCCACUACGAUGAUGUCUCCAACCGAACAGAGGCUUUCGACAGCAUCGCAACGAUGCGAGUACGAGGUGCUCCUGCAAUCGCUAUUGUCGCAGCCCUUGGAUUGGCUGUAGAGCUUCAAAACGGAAGUAUCACAGCUUCAGAUGCCGAAGGCACUAUUUCUCAGAUUGAUGAGGCUCUCGACUACCUCAAGGAGAGUCGACCUACUGCUGUUGAUCUGACCAACGCCAUCAACCAACUCAAGGCCACAAUCAGAGAAGUUGGAAGCUCUGCAACAAAGGACCAAGUCAUCUCUGCUUUCAUCGAGGAGGCUGAGAAGAUUUUCGAAAAGGACCUUCAGACCAACCUCUCCAUUGGCGAUCAUGGUGCUGAGUGGCUCCGAUCGCAAGCCGGUGCCUCUCCUGACCAGAAGAUCUCUGUCCUCACUCACUGCAACACUGGAUCCCUUGCUACAUCUGGCCAUGGUACAGCUCUGGGUAUAAUCCGAACCCUCCAAUCCAAGGAUCUCCUUCAGCACGCAUUCUGCACAGAGACUCGACCUUACAACCAGGGAAGCCGCCUUACUGCUUUCGAACUGGUCUUUGAGAAGAUCCCCAGCACACUCAUCACCGACUCGAUGGCCGCAUCGCUCUUCCGCACUCGAAAGCAAGAGAAGAACAUCGCCGCUGUCAUCGUAGGCGCUGACCGUGUUGUUCGCAACGGUGAUACUGCCAACAAGAUUGGUACAUACCAACUCGCUGUUUUGGCCAAGCAUCACGGUAUCAAGUUCAUCGUCGCCGCUCCUACCACCAGUAUUGAUCUGGAGACCGAGACUGGCGAUGGCAUCAAGAUUGAGGAGAGAAAGUCGGAGGAACUCACGCAAGUCACAGGAGCCGUGAUCAAGCCUGACGGCUCAGUUGACGAGAGCAGCAAGGUGCGAGUUGCUACCGCUGACCAGCGAAUCAACGUGUGGAACCCUGCUUUUGAUGUCACCCCAGCAGAGCUCAUCGACGCUGUGGUCACUGAAAAGGGCGCCGUUGAGAAGGGAGCAGAUGGCAAGUUUGAUUUCAGCAAGAUCAUGCCAGAGCGGUGGGCUAAAAUUACCGGUGCUUAA